GGCGUAGCGCGGUGAAGAAGCUCGGCCGGCAGUCGCGACAGUGAACGAUCUGGAAGGAUCCUCGGGACGCUCUCGAUCCCCGUGCGAUCCCGGAGGAAGCGUCUCGUUCUGCGUGUUUCCCGCGCGUGUGCCGCGAGGACAUCGUCGUGCGUGCCAGAGGAGGAUCCUCGUGCGGCCCAGCGAGACCCGCGCCGAGUGUCGCCGGAGUGGCACGGUUCCGUGGGAUCGACGGUCGCCGGUGCUCGAUGGAGAGGUACCCGCGGGCCCUGUGAAUAUUCCCCGGUGGUUGUGACCGUGGUGCUCGACAGAUAGGGAACGGGAUCGCGGGGUAGUGCCAGUUCGAUGGGAAAUGUGUCGGCGGAAGAGGUGUCGAAGAUCGUCGGCCGGACGGAGGAGCUAGCAGCGUGACUGUCGCCGAUCGAACGUCUCCGAGGAGAGGACGUCGGGAACGCGUUUCGCGAGACCCGUCCGCCGAUCAGCUGACUGCGCGAAGCGGUCGCGAGGACUGUCGAGGAGCGGCCGCAGGAGAGCCGUGUGCGCGUCGUCCUGUUGAUCCGGAGCAGCGUCGAAGUGACGGGACACGGAGCGGAGGUUCAGGGGCGUGUAUCCGUCGAGCGUGUAAAUAGGUGUACAUAAGGGCCGCGACGGUCCCGGACCGGCCGCGAGAUCCUCUCUCCGCUUCACAUCAUCUUUUCCACGUCUUCGCGACUCCCCGUCCCAUCUCGCCUCUCCUGCACCAUCGUAACCGAGAGUAGUGUCAACGAGGGAGGCCGCGCGAUCCGAUACGGGACGAGGCUGGAGACCGAGGCCCCGCGCGAGUGACAACCGAGAUCCCCGCGAGACCGGGGCCGUGUAUAAAAACCGUGUACAAAGAUCCAAGUUUUAGUCGAGUUCGGGAGCUUUCUGUUUUUCCUUCACGCCGCGAGUGUCUUCCUCGUGCGUCGCGCUGAGAACACGAGUUCCUCUCGUGCGUCGUUCCCGUUCGAUCGAACGCGAAACGCGGGAAGGGUGGACGGAUAGAUCGAGGAACGAGAGACGGGGAAUGGAGUAGCAGACGGUGAAGGUGGGGGAUAGCGAAAGAGAGGAAAAGAAAGAGCGUCGUCGGCGUACCGAGAGAAUACUAUUCGCAGGAAGCAAGUCGGAGCAGUACGGCCGCUUCCCCAGCCCUCCCUCUCCGGCCAGCCAUCGCUUUUAUCUUCUUAAUCCAGCCGCCCGGCACCGGACUAUCCAUAAAUCUCCCACCGGCUCGCGCUCUUUCCGUAUUAACUUCGUCGUACCGAGUCGCAGCCGGGGGUGUAACGCGAGUCGCGUCCGAUAAAUCAACGCUCGCGCGACCGGACCGCGGCCGUGCAAUCGUAUACGUCCGGAUCCCGAGAGUCGAAACCGAGAUCCUUUCGGAUCCAACGUCGUCCUAACCGGGUGACUCGAGCGACCGGACCGUAACUGACAGUGAAUCGACAGUGGGAUAGAAGAAUCCUCUACCUCCCCGUGUCCAUCGCCGUGUUCCAAGCACUGUGACCAACGGGCGAGCAGCGGGGAUCCGGAAGGUAAUAGUCGGUUCCCACGAGGAUGCGAUCAUCCUGAAACGGGCAUGACGCCCCUGGCCUCGAGAUGCGACGAGACCACCACCAUCCUGCUGUUGCUGCUGCUCGAGCUGGCGCCCGGUGCACGGUGUUACACGCGCGCUGCUGCCGCCGCGGCCGCCUCGACUUCGUCGAGAUAGCAUCAACAGUGGACGGCGAGGGUGCGAGUGAUGCCGCUCCUCGGCAGCAUUAUGACCAUCGACGACGCCGGUAGUCAGACGACAGCGGCGUCCAGCACCGUCUACGAGGAGAACAUGACGUGGCACCGUAUCGCCGACGGCUCGACGUCUUCCUUGAACGAGGCACACACCGGCGACGACCACCGGGAGGUACACCACCACCACCACCAGCACUAUCAGCUACGUCGGCUGUUGCGUCUAGCCGCCGCGGGCAUCGGCGAACGCGGUACCGACGCCGAUCAAGGACCAAUCGAACCAACGGACGCGUCCGAGGUGAACAACACCGGGGACGCCGGCACCGUGCACUUGGAGCCCGGAGCUAACAUCGGCUGUGACUGCGCCAGGCUAGCUCGGUUAGGGGACAGGGACCUGGACGCUUCCAGCCUGCCGCCGUUUCUAACUGCCAACGACACCGACCAGGUGGACGUCACCGGCGGCGGCGAGGGGAGCACCGUCAGCCUGGACUCCACCACCGGAUACGGUGUCAGCACCACCGACGGGGAGGACGCGCAAGGACUACGCGAGCUGGAACUGCUGUUCGGCCUGGGCGGCAUCAUGGAGGACCUCGGAGCGCCGUACAACGACUCGUUCAAUCAGAGCGCGCCGUUCCCGUGGAACAGCAGCGACCAUUACAAUGACACCUACAUCGUCUUCGGCGAGAGCAUGUACCCGUCGGGGUACACCCUGCCGCACAUCGUCCUGGCGUCCGUCGUCGCGACGCUGCUGAUGAUCGUGAUCGUCGUGGGCAACAUGCUGGUGAUCAUCGCGAUCGCCACCGAGAAGGCGCUCAAGAACAUACAGAACUGGUUCAUCGCUAGCCUCGCUGUUGCCGAUUUCUUCCUUGGCCUGGUGAUCAUGCCCUUCUCGCUGGCCAACGAGAUCAUGGGCUAUUGGAUCUUCGGGUACUGGUGGUGCGACAUUUACUCCGCCAUGGACGUGUUACUGUGCACCGCGAGCAUCAUGAACCUCUGCCUCAUCAGCCUCGACAGGUUCUGGAGCAUCACGCAAGCGGUCAAGUACUUGAAGAAGAGGACCCCUGCCAGGGCAGCGUUGAUGAUCGCUCUGGUUUGGCUCCUGUCCGCGCUCGUAUGCAUACCGCCGCUGCUCGGAUGGAAGAGACCCACGCCAGAGGAAGAGUAUCCGAAGUGCAAGCUUUCAGAGGACAUCGGCUACGUCCUUUAUUCAGCGCUCGGCAGCUUCUACAUCCCUUCGUGCAUCAUGGUGUUCGUGUACAUACGUAUAUACUUCGCGGCGAAGAAACGGGCGCGCCGCGGCAUCCGGAAGCAGCCGCGGCGGCGUCCGCCGAUGCAGCCGGAAUCGCCAGACGUCAGGCAGACCAGCUUCACGCAGACCACGCCGGCCACCGAGACCAAGAAGCCGCCGUGCUCCGUCAUGGAGAACGUCGCGACCAUCGAGAACCAGCCCGUUCAGAUACCGAUCGUCACGUGCGACUGCGCGAGCGACGUCAGCACGUCCGAGGCCGAUCCCGGGGGAGGGAACAGCAUACCCAUGGAGGAGAAGGACACCUUGAAGGUGACGCUGCCGGUGCACAUGCAGAAGACAUCCCUGAAGGCGACGCUGUCGGUGAACGGGGACGGGCAAUCGAGCGUGCCGGCGCGGUGCCGCGCGCCGAGCGUCGGCAUCGACGUCGACAUGGUCUCCGAGUUCGACCCGUCGUCGUCGGACAGCGGCGUGGUGUCCAGGUGCGCGGUGGUGAAGCCGCUGAAGCUGCGCCUCUGCCAGCCGAUCUUCGGCCGGCGGAACCUCGGCAAGCUGCGCCGCGAGCACGGCGACGUCGGCCGCUCCGCGGGGAAGGACGACGCAGGCAUCGAGGCGAAGUCCUCGAAAUCCCGGGACCCAGAGAGAGAGAAGAGGAGACUGGCGAGGAAGAAGGAGAAGCGCGCGACGCUGAUACUCGGCAUCAUAAUGGGCAGCUUCAUCGCCUGCUGGCUGCCGUUCUUCGUCCUCUACAUCGUGAAGCCGCUGUUCCCGGACGUCGACAUACCGACGCAGGCGUUCGUCAUCGCGUUCUGGCUGGGCUACAUGAACUCCGCCCUGAACCCGUUCAUCUACACCGUCUUCAACAAGGACUUCCGACGCGCGUUCCGCAGGAUACUGUUCAAAUGAGCCUGCGACCGAUCCGGGGCGAACGACGACGGGUGUCGCGCGCAGAGGGCCGACCGCGGGUGACCCUCACUCGACGAUCCGUCGGCGGGACGAUCCCCGGAUCACGGGAUUCCCGAACGACCAGCGUUUCGCGUCGUUCCCCCUCGUUCAAGGGGGUUCGAUUCCGUAUGAAGUGUACAGAGAUCGGGUGCAUCGGGUGCGAUCGGGACGCAACUCGCCGGGAACUCGAGAUCCUUCGAAGUUUCGGUAUCGACCCGCGACGCAGUCUGCGGGCUCCGUGACGGAACUCGAUGAUCGGCCAUGAAUCUUCCAGGAGUGGUCCGGCGGCAGCUGCCGGCGCUGCCGGGGGCGGGGACAAGUUCCGGCUGGUCGCCGAUCGAAGGCGACACCGGUCGAAUGGAGUACGUGUACUUGAGUUGCCGAGGGAAUUGUCGCGUCGCGGUUCGAGGCGGUUUCGCAGCUCGGGGGAGGGAGCCGACGAUUCGCGGGUCGGUUCCUUGCAACUUCCUCCCGUGGCUCCGAGUUGACGCGUGUCGAAGGGCCGGGUGGAUCGGCGGAACGCUCGAAACGCGCUCGCGGCAGGCGCCCUUCGAAGAGUUCCUUGGACAGACACGGCGCACGGUCCGAUUGUAUAUUAUUAAACGUCGCGACAAUCCAUUAUUAUCGAUGUACGUGAUUGUAGAUAUGUAUAGUAACGUGUGCGCGUGCGUGCUUGAGCGUGUUUGAGCGAGUUUCGGGGUGUUCGAGUGUGAGCUGCGGGAAUGACGGUCGUGACCGCUUCGCGGAUUUUCGUUGGACUAUGUCGUCGAGGUUAUCGGUUUCGAGCUUCUAUUUAGAUGUGCAAUGGCUUCUGGGAAUUUUAGAGGUGCAUAGGGUAUACUCGAUGUCAUCGUGAAAUUUAGAAUUAUCGGUCGUAGUUUGUUGGUUGACCAAAAAGUUUAGUCCUUUAGCGCAUCGUUUGUAACAUACGAGUAAUUGCAAAUAAAUAAACCGGAAGACAAUAGGAAGUUUACAAAUUUCGAUUCAACGAAAUGAAAUCUCUCUUUAGACUUCGUCCCAACGUACGACGCUUUCUGGCCAACCUAUUUCAUUGCGGAACCUAAAUACGAACGAAACCUAAUCAGUUUAAUUAAAGCAUAACCGAAGUCCUGGCAGAAAUGGAAAAUACUACGUAACAAAUAUCUUUCAUAUAUCUCGAAAGCUACGACAGAUGAAAACUAUGCAAUAUAGGUAGAACUUCAAAAUCGAUGACCUACGAACAGCAUAUUUGAAGGUCACGAAAAUCAGCGAGGCGACCAUGAUCCCGAAUAAUUAUCAAGCCCUCGUUCGCGGUGCUCGUCCGCUUCCCGCGCUGGAAGCUUCCGCUCCCGAGGGGAGCGGCGCGUGAAACUGACAACCCGCGGAACUUCGGUCCAUGGUGUCUGGGAGACGGAAGUUUCGACGCGGACGGGGAAUCUCCGUGGAAUUGCGGAGGAGAACACCGCAGGAAAGAAUGAAUCGGGAAAUGGGCGUAUCGCGGAACGAAAACUUUCGGGAUCGCGUGUGUACAGGGUGGGUCGCGAGAUUGGAACCUGAAAUAUCCUGGUUUCAAGCCCCUUGGGGCGGGGUUCGUAUUCAAACCUCGAAUCGCUGGGAGAAUUGAAAUUAAAAUGGAACGACGGAUGCGUUCCCGUCGAAGUUUCUACGUUUCCUUUUCUCACGUUAUUACGUUAAUCUCGAGCAGCUGACAUGGAGACAAUUCUAAGAAAAAAUAUUCGAAGAGUAUAAGCUUCUUAGUAAUUUCUCUUCCUCUCGAGAUCAUUAUUAUACACACUCUGUACUAACGUGUUCUGUACCAAUACUGCGGAUUUUAUGAAUUUAUAGUGUACAGAAUCUUCGAAGUACAGUGAAUUUCGAAAUGCAAUAGAUUUUCAAGAGGUUUUCGAAGUUUGACCCUUUGCACUCGAAAGUGUUUCACUGGAAAUAUUCAACAUUUUUCGACGAGAUACAGACACUUUGAAACUAAUUUAACGGUAAUUCACAGAUAAAUUGACAAAGUGAUUUUAUUUAAAUAUUUCCUAUAGGAAUACAAAGUUUCAUUUAAAAUACUAAAUAUUCAAUUUUAUAGUUUUGCUCUAUCGAAUCAAGUGCAAAGGGUUAGCGUUCUAACUGAAGAUUGACACGCGAUUCUGCAUGGGAAUCUAUAUCUCCAUAAACGUCCGCAGUCCAGGGAAAAGUGUCUUCGGUGGACGAGCACGAACGAGAGAGAACGGGGACGACUUGAAUGGUGCUGCGAGCGUGCGAAAAGGCAGAAAAAGAAAAUGCUAAAAAAAACGGGAUCCCGCGCGAACCUGUCGAGUAAUGUUUCCUAUUAAAUAGGCACACCGUAGGAUCGACACUGUUAAUCGUGUAACGUUUAAAUCUCGAGUUUUCAGAUUCUAUGGGACACGCGGGGAAGAUGCGUGGGCGCGAUUUACAUACGUAAUAACGCUAAUAAUAAUAUUACUAAAACUAAUAAUAACGCCGUAGGAAGACGUUUCUUGAUGCCGGACAGCGAACGACGCGGUGGAGCGCGAGACGAUUCCGCGGCGGGUCGCUUCGAGCGGAUCAGACGCUCGCGCGAACGAAAAUCGGGCCUGGGUCUCGGGCUUAAAUGUUGAAUUCGAUCGCGCCGCGUUCAACGGCGUGUUUGCGCGGCGAGGUGGCAACAGGCGAUUAGCCGGUUGAUACGUAACGCGUGCUCGAAGACGAUACUCGAGCACUCGGGUUAAGGACGGAUUCGAUUUUAACACGAGGGAGAAGGGUGUUCUGAUGUGCUUUGCUAUCGGGAAACAUUCAUCGAUUAUUCCAAAAGAGUAAUGUCAUAACUUAUCAGUCGGGGGAAAUACUUCGUUUAUGGAAACUAUUAACUUUGCACUCGAGAGGUGACUCUCAGUCAUACUUGAUUUGAUUUGCAAACUUAUAGUCUUAUGUAUAAUAUUAAGCUUCCUAUGAUGCAUCAAUAUGUGGAGUAUUCAAAUAAAAU